CCGACUCCAGUCAGUCUGCCUCUGUGCCAUAUAUGCCUGAGCCCUGCGCAGUCAACCGUCAGCAGCGCCACCGGGUGUAGGGAUAUCCCGAUGAAAGGGGAGACUGUUCGGGGUCUAUAAUUCAGACAAGAGAUGCCCACAGAGUCAUCCGUACUGAGGUGAAGCGCCUGCUUAAUUAGCCAUUAGACAAAAGACUCAGAUGUUGCCAUGUGCCAGUCUCACACCCGAAGCAGACGAAGAACUCGGCUCAUUGAAGACCCCGUUUCAGCUUUCUGCCCUCUGAUUGGGGAAACCUUCAGUGACUCUCCUCCAAGACCCAGAGCUCCAUUGCCCCAUCACCACAGUGUGUCCAGCCACACCCCGCCUUCAUCCAGCAGUAACUUCUUCAUCCUCUCACAGGACUGGCUGUACUGUCAGUAAGGUUCAUCCCCAAAUGUCUACCUCACGAUUAAAAGAUCCCUCUCCAACACUGCGACCCUGAACAGGAUACAAAAUGACCUCAAGCAUUGACCGGGAUGACAGCAGUAUCUUUGAUGGGUUAAUGGAAGAAGAUGAAAAGGAUAAAGCUAAACGUGUGUCCCGUAACAAGUCUGAGAAGAAACGCAGAGACCAGUUCAAUGUCCUCAUCAAGGAGCUGGGCACCAUGUUGCCGGGCAACACCCGGAAGAUGGACAAGUCCACUAUUUUGCAGAAGAGCAUUGACUUUCUGCACAAACACAAGGAAAUCGCUGCUCAGUCAGAGUCAACUGAGAUCAGACAAGACUGGAAGCCUCCUUUUCUUAGUAAUGAAGAGUUCACUCAGCUGAUGUUGGAGGCGUUAGAUGGAUUUUUUCUUGCAAUCAUGACCGAUGGGAACAUAAUCUACGCUUCUGAGAGUGUGACGUCCCUACUAGAACACUUACCCUCUGAUCUUGUGGAUCAGAACUUGUUGAACUUCCUGCCUAUGGGGGAGCAUUCAGAUGUGUACAAGGCUCUGUCCUCUCAUAUCAUGGAAAGAGAGACACCUACGCCUGAAUAUCUAAAAACAAAAAAUCAGCUUGAGUUCUGUUGCCACAUGCUCCGAGGGACAAUCGACCCCAAAGAGCCCCCUGUGUAUGAAUAUGUCAAGUUCAUUGGAAACUUCAAGUCCCUGAAUAAUGUGCCUAACUGUACCCGAAAUGGUUUCGAGGGAGUGAUCCAGCGAUCGCUUCACUCUGCCUUCGAAGACAGAGUGUGUCUUAUAGCAACUGUGAGGCUUGCCAAACCACAGUUUAUCAAGGAGAUGUGCACUAUAGAGGAGCCUAAUGAGGAAUUCACCUCCAGACAUAGUUUAGAGUGGAAAUUUCUCUUCUUGGACCACAGAGCUCCACCCAUUAUAGGUUAUCUCCCGUUUGAGGUGCUGGGUACAUCAGGAUAUGACUACUACCAUGUAGAUGACCUGGAGACACUGGCCAAAUGCCACGAACACUUAAUGCAAUAUGGCAAAGGAAAGUCCUGCUAUUACAGAUUCCUCACCAAAGGGCAGCAGUGGAUUUGGCUCCAGACCCACUACUACAUCACCUACCACCAGUGGAACUCCAGACCAGAGUUUAUUGUCUGCACGCACACUGUUGUCAGUUAUGCUGAAGUAAGAGCAGAACAGCGCAGAGAGCUUGGAAUUGAAGAAUUAGAACCCGAUAUCACAGCAGACAAGCAGUCCCAGGAUUCAGGCUCUGAAGGAAGCUCUAGAGCGCUUCAACCACAGCGCUUCAACCACAGCCGGACACCCUCGGCCUCGUCUCGCAGCUCACUCAAAUCCUUGCACACAGCUGUGUCUGACCCAGCUGCAUCACAGAUGAAGCUUCAGGGAGACAGGAGUACACCAGGUCGGCAGUCUGUCUCUGCUGUGGAGAUGACAUCACAACGAAGAUCAUCUAUCAGCAGCCAGCAGUCAAUGAGCUCCCAAAAUACAAUACAGAACAUGGCACCAUCCAUGGUUUCACAACAACAACAGCAACAGCAACAGCAGCAACAACAACAGCAGCAACAGCAGCAACAACAACAACAACAACAACAACAACAGCAACAACAGCAGCAACCACAGCAGCAACAACAGCAGCAACAGCAACAACAACAGCAGCAACAACAACAACAGCAACAACAACAACAGCAACAUCACGUUCAGACCAGUGACCAAUCAAUGGUGCAGUUCUCCAGUCAGCUAGAAGUCAUGCAUAACCUGAAAGAGCAGCUGGAGCAUAGGACCAGGAUGAUCGAGGCCAACAUUCAGCGGCAGCAGGAUGAGCUGCGGCAGAUCCAGGACGAGCUGCACAGGGUGCAGGGACAGAGCCUUCAGGGACAGAGCCUUCAGGGACAGAGCCUUCAGAUGUUCUUGCCAAAAGGACCCGGAGGACUGACUCUCAGCUCGGUUCAGACGGCCCAGGGGACCGCCUUGCAGCAGGGGGGAACCCUCAGCAUGCAGGGCCAGGUGGUGUCUGCGGGGACUCUACAGAACGGCAUACAGCAACAACAUGCUGUCCAGCCCCAGCAACAAACUCUCUUGCGGGAACAGAGCACAGCACUCUCACAGUCCCAGCGACCGUCCCUCACGCUACAGCCUCAGCAGAAUCCACUGCCCGUGUCUCUCUACAACACAAUGAUGAUCCCUCAGCAAAACCCUACUAACAUGGUCCAGAUUGCCACUACCCUGGCUCAGAAUACUGGGUCAAACGCUACUGCUGUGGCUACGUUUGCACAGGAUCGUUCAGCUCAAAUGAGGUUUCCCGCCAGUCCUCAGCUGCUCACCAAGCUAGUGGCAGGACAGAUGGCAUGUGGCGCCGUCAUGGUCCCCACAACCAUGUUUAUGGGCCAAGUUGUGACGGCCUUCGCUCCUCAGCAGGGCCAGACCCAGACCAUCAGCAUUUCCCAGCAGCCACCGCAGCAGCAGCCGGAGGAGCAGCAGGUACAGCAGCAAUUACAGGUCAUAGCCAUGCAGCCAGGGCAGGCUCCAUUGGCCCAGCAGCAAACACAGUUCCUACAGGCUUCUCGGCUACUUCAUGGAAACCAGUCCACCCAGUUGAUCCUGCAGGCAGCGUUCCCUUUGCAGCAGCAGGGUACCUUUACGGCCACAACCCAACAGCAGCAGCAACAGUUACAACAGCAGCAGCAUCAUCAUCAUCAUCAUCAUCAUCAACAACAACAACAACAACAACAACAACAACAACAACAACAACAACACCAACAGCAGAAACAGCAACUUCAACAACAGCAUCAGCAUCUGGCCCCUCUCAGGGCGGAUAGUGUGUCUCAUCGCUCUGCUACGCAGCCACAGUAGUCGGCUGAAGCCAAUUCCGUUGGCGGAGCGAGCCAAACCCGGAUGUGGGUGUCUUAGUGACGGCGGUCUAAAAACGAGUCCUGCGGAAAGCGCAGCACUGAGACCAAGCCUCAGAGACUGGAAAGUGAUUGGAUGUACGGGAAAAGGGAUCUUUUGCUGUUUGCACUUAACUCCUGAGCACAGAGUGCUGCAGAGAACAGGACGGAGCUCGCGGUGGCUCUGGGACGAAGGCCUUUCUCCGAGACAACAGGGAGCCACAAUCCCUCUAAUGGACUCCCCCUCACGUCUCUGGCCCUCUCUUGUGUGUUUAGUGUGUGUAUGUGUGUGUAUGUGUGUGUGCUCCAGUCCCCCUCAUAGGAUUAUUUUAUGCAGAUCUCUCUGGUUAAUUGAGUCAACACAGCGAAGCUUCUAUCAAGCCUGGAGGACGUCCUGCAGAACAGCCAGAGGCGUGUCUCUUUCGGCUGUUUUUUCCUAUUGUUGUUUUUCAUUCAAAAAUACUUAUGGGUCAGAAAAUAUUUUUAAGAAUGUGGUCUGGAUUGUUCUUUUACUGUACAGAACAUCAUGUGUAAUAUAUUAUGUAAAUAUAAUGAAAAAGAAAGAACUAAUAUUUUAUAUAAUGCAUGAAAUGAAAUGCCUAGUCUGUUAUUUGCGGCAUUGAAUAUACUUUUUUUUUUUCUAGUACUCUAUGAUGAAAAGCUCUUAAAAUGCUCAGUUCACAGACUUCCCUUUCUCCUAGAGGACGGGUUUGCGUGUCUGUAUAGCAGACGUUGUCAAUGCCGCUUGUUGUGUCACAGUUUGUUUAAUCCUUGACCCAUAUUUUCACAGAAUUUCAUAAAAUGAAAUUGAUACGGACAUGUUUUUAAAGUAUUUUUAAGCUUUUUAAGAUGUGCGUAAAGUCUGCACACUAAAGACUAAAUUCAACUUGAGUCAAAUGAAUGAACUCAACACUGCCAAGGUUAAAAGCUAAAUGUAUGUAACAUUAUAAUUUGCAAGGAUAAUCUUUGAUAUUAUUUCGUUCAUUUUAGCACUUCAAAAUGUCUCCAUUUCAGAGCUAUUCAUAAUGACUGUAUGGUUCCUGAAGAGGCUUUAUUCCAUAUAUAGAGGUAUAUGUAGCCCUUAACGUACAUAUAUAGAGGCAUUUAAAAAA